GUCCCGCCCCCGGGUUCCGGCGGUUGCCAGGAAGCGGCUGCCAGAGGUCGCGGCCCGCUCGCAACCUUGAGGCCAGCCGAGAGUCAGCAGCACCCCAGCCCCUCGCCGGCGCGGCACGGAGCAGGCGCCUGCCGAACGGGCACGGAAUGAAGGCGGGCGGCGCGGGCGCCCUGCGCGGGGGCCGCGGGGCUCAGGCAGCGCUCCCCUCCUAGACGCCCGGUCCCGGCGCGCUUCCGGCCGGCCACGUGACCACCCGCGCACGUGUUCCGGCCGCCGGCCCCGCCCUCGGCCCCAGCGGCUGCAGCGGCUGGUGGGCAACUAGGCGCCCAGCUGCUUGAGCGGCGGGGCGGCACCCUACGCCAUGAACCCCAGGGGGUUGUUCCAGGACUUCAACCCCAGUAAGUUCCUCAUCUACGCCUGCCUUCUGCUUUUCUCCGUGUUGCUGCCUCUGCGCUUGGACGGCGUCAUCCAGUGGAGCUACUGGGCCGUGUUUGCCCCCAUAUGGCUAUGGAAGCUCCUGGUCGUCGCGGGGGCCUCGGUGGGUGCGGGCGUUUGGGCUCGCAACCCUCGCUACCGCACCGAGGGGGAGGCCGGCGUGGAGUUCAAAGCCAUGCUGAUCGCCGUGGGCAUCCACUUGCUGCUGCUCAUGUUCGAAGUACUGGUCUGUGACCGGGUGGAGAGGGGCACCCAUUUCUGGCUGCUGGUCUUCAUGCCUCUCUUCUUCGUCUCCCCCGUGUCUGUGGCCGCUUGUGUCUGGGGCUUUCGACACGACAGGUCGCUGGAGCUGGAGAUCCUGUGCUCCGUCAAUAUCCUGCAGUUCAUCUUCAUUGCCUUGAGGCUGGACAGGAUUAUCCACUGGCCCUGGCUGGUGGUGUUCGUGCCGCUGUGGAUCCUCAUGUCCUUCCUUUGUCUGGUUGUCCUCUAUUACAUCGUCUGGUCCCUCCUGUUUCUGAGGUCCCUGGACGUGGUCGCAGAGCAGCGAAGAACCCACGUGACCAUGGCCAUCAGCUGGAUAACGAUUGUUGUGCCUCUGCUCACUUUUGAGGUCCUGCUGGUUCACAGAUUGGAUGGCCACAAUACCUUCUCUUACAUCUCCAUAUUUGUCCCCCUUUGGCUGUCACUAGUAACUUUGAUGGCCACAACUUUUAGGCGAAAAGGAGGCAAUCAUUGGUGGUUUGGCAUUCGCAGAGAUUUCUGUCAGUUUCUGCUCGAAAUUUUUCCAUUUUUAAGAGAAUAUGGGAACAUUUCCUAUGAUCUCCAACAUGAAGAUAGUGAAGACCCUGAAGAAACUGCCGGUCCAGAAGCUCCAAAAAUCCCCCCAAUGUUUGGAAAGAAGGCCAGGGUAGUUGUAACACAGAGCCCUGGAAAAUACGUUCCCCCACCUCCUAAGUUAAAUAUUGAUAUGCCAGACUAGACUGCCUUCUUCACUGGCCCUGUGGUGAGACAGAAACAGCAUAUGCAUAGCUCCUCCACCUUACUUUUUCCACUGUUUAUCCCAAACCUGGACACAAACAAGCUCCAGGCACCAUUUCACGCUUUGAGAUCGAUGUAAAUGAGUGGCUUCUCACUGUGCACUGUAGCCAGCAGAGGUUAUUUUGGUCUGUGGUUUUGUAUGUGUGUGUGAGAUGUAUAUAUCUAUGAGAGAACCGCUGUUUGCUUUCCAAAUAGGUGUUUAAAAAGCCAAGUGCAGUAAGUGGAAUCGAGUAACCACACAGCUGCUGUUUUUUUUUUUUUUGAAGUCUACUUAUUAUAAAUAUUGUUUGAAAAUAUUUUUAUACACUGCUAGUCUAAAAUUGUAUUUGAGAUUGUUACUGUUGUGACAUAAUAGCAAGUGUACAGAAUUCUUUCCCACUACUGGUUUAUAAGCCUCAUUACUGUUAAAAUAGUUUUUCUUUGGGCAUUGUCUUUAAUAUUCUAAUAGAUGAAUUUUUCUAAUGGUGCGGAUCUGCAUGUAUAUUUCUAUGAAUAUUUUAGCAGUGAAAAAUGUUGAAUUCCAGUCCUCUACAGUUCAAAAUAUUAUGUUGAAGGCUUUUUGUUUGUUUUUUACGGUUCUAUGUGAAGAUAAUGUUUAUUGCAGGUGUCCUCAGAGCCCAUAAAAUGUUAAUAUGUACCUGUUACAGUGUAAUCUAAGUACUCGGCACAAAUUAGGGAUUGGAAAUCUCACGAUCAGAAUACUUCAAUGUUUGGUGACAGGGAUCUGCACAACUCCACAGUCUCUCUCAGGAGCUGUUAGUAGAGAGAGGGAGGUGAUGUGCUCUAGUAUGGAACCAGGUCAUAACAUGACUGUUAUUAUUUACCAUUGUUUUCUCCAGAGGCAAUAAUGUCUCCUGAGGAACAACUAAAUAAGCAACAAGUGGUUUGUGUAUUUCUAAGGAUCUUAGAAUAUUCAUUUGUUGGAAAGUAAAACAUUACUUAUGGAAAACUGGGCAGACUGACAUUAACCAAAAGUAGCCAACAAGAUGUCUUAUUUUAAGGUCCAAACAUUUGGGACUGUUGGCAAAAUGGAAGCAAUAGUUUGGGUUACCUGUUUAGGUAAAUAACGAUGUGUCUUUAGGUGCUGGUGGGAUAGGUACCAGGAAAUGAGAAGGGCAAAAGCCAGACUCUUCAAGAAUAAUGUUCUGACUUGAGCAAAUAAAAACUGUCAGAAGGUUAGAGUGUAAA